UUGUUAUACUCGCCAGUAGAGAACAUCCAGCGCGUUGCCGCCGGUGUCCUGUGCGAGUUGGCCUCUGACAAGGAAGGUGCUGAGCUCAUUGAGCAGGAAGGAGCCACCGCACCCCUGACAGAACUUCUCCACUCCAGAAACGAAGGUGUGGCCACAUACGCUGCGGCACCCCCAGGAUUUGACGAUGUUGGUGGUUUCGGACAAGAUGAAUAUCGUCCCAAUGAUCAGAUGUACAACCCAGGUAGUCAACAAAACAUGAGCGGGUCUCAGCAUGACAUGAGUCGAGGUUAUGACAGUCAGUUGCCAAUAGAUUCAAUGCAGGGUUUAGAUUUAGGCAGCCAGGGUAGCAACCAGUAUGGCCCUAUGGACAACCUAGACAUUGGACCCCAUGGUGAUCUCAGUUUCGGAAACAUGGACAACAGUGGUAUGCCCCCACAAGGUCAGGGAGACAACCCUGGCGGGCUUCCCCAAACCUGGUUUGAUACCGAUUUGUAAGGGGAGAUAAAUUGUGACCCAUUAUCAGUGAUCUAUAUUCUAAUGACUUUAAUCAGCAUGGAAAAAAACAGUCAGUUAAAGGGAGACAAUUUAACCAGUGAACUUGUGUGGAUAUUAAAGGGCGGUCUACAGAACAACACCAAAUAUCUUCAAAAGAUCUGUAAGACAUCAGUGACUGAAUGAACUGUACAAAAUGCUUGGAUCUUUUUAAACAUAUGUGUAAAGAUUUUUCUUUUAACUUUUAAAAUUUUUAGAACAUAAUUUAGAUUUCUUUGUGUUUUGUACUAUAUAUAAUGCAGUCAAGAUAGGGUGAAUCUUUGAAAGAAAGGGAGAAGAUAGGAGUAUAAAAAACAACUACAUAAUCGGAUAUUGGAUAAUUAAUUUUCUUGUGUCCUCAUUGACGAAAUAUCGCACAUCUUUUGGUGGUACAAUAACACACACUGCCGUUAUAUGGAUUACUGUUAAAUCAUUUUCAUUUGAUAGCCUAAAUUCAAUUUUCAUGAAUGAAUUUACUGAAUUGUUCAGCAGAACUGAUGGACAAAGUAUUGAAGAAUUUUGAAAAUUUCACACAUUUAAUUCAAUGAAAAUCAACAAAAAAGGAAUUGAGGAGUAAAAUUAUUUUGGUAAAAGAUUGAAAAAUUGUAACAACAUUCUGUGGUUUAAAAAGCUAUUGAAUAUUAGAUCAUUAAAUACACAGGGAAACUUCAGGACUUUUUUCUUCACUAUUUAAUUGGCUAAUCAAUGCAUUUAAACUUUUCUUCAUCUUUUUUUUGUACAUAAGAUUUGUUGUCUUGAUGGCAAAUUUGUAUAUGGGAGCAAUGUAUAUCGUCAAAUCUUACAAAAUUAUAUAACCCCCCCUAUUCAUCAUUAGCAAAAAGUGGCAAAAUUUGAUACAUAAAAAAUUGUAUGUCAUUUUUAAGUCAGAUCCUUGUGAAAAUAAUCUAGGUACCAGAUGUGUAUUUUAGUCUUUACUAGAAAUAUUUAUGAUUUUUCAUAUGUAUAUGCCACUGUUUUAACGUGCAAGAUAUUGGUAUUAAUAGUUUUGUAUUUUGAAGAUAUGAACAUAUUUUUCAAUCAAACGUUUAUUUCAAUCAAGAGGACUUGUUCGAUUAACAUAUUUUUUUUGUGAAAACGGACAUAUUUUUUGUAUGAAUCAAAUGUAAAUAUUUAUCUAAGAAUUUUUUUAAAUUGCAUUUAUUUCAUGCAAGGAAUGAAAUUACUUUUGCAUGCUCUCUUCCGUUUGGAGAGUGGAAGUUGUAUAUACAUAGUAGAGAUUUUUUUCAUACAGCAUGCACAGGUAAUCAGUCUGUUUUAAGAUUUUCACUAAAAAAUAUUUGGGUGUUUUGGUCUAUGUUGCAGGUAAAUUUUGACAAGAAUAUAUGUUCAUAUCUUCAACAUGGAAAUGAAAAUCAAAGAAAACCCAUGUCAUUAUUAUAAUUUGAAUUAUUAUCAUAAUAUUUACAUUUAGUCAUACACAGUAAAACUGUGUUUUUUUGUCUAACUUUAUAUAUUUUUGACACAUCUUUUUUUUUUAAAGAAUUGAACAAAACACUAAACUAUUUUUUAUAAAAUUGCCUUUAAAUAUUAUAGUACUAUGUAUGUAUGUAUAUAAAUAUAUAUUUCUGUAUCACUGUUAUUUUUAUGUCAACUGUUUCACCUAACUGCGCCUUGAUAGAGUAUUCAGAACAGAUUUAAACAAAACCAUAAUCAGGUUAUAAACGCAAAAAAUUAUACAUUACCAUUUUUUUUAGCAUAUUUUCUUAACAAUCAGGCAAAUUUAACAUUUGUUUCGGAAAGAAAUUCAAAAAUUUUUCAAUCCCAAAACCAACCCUCGCAAUUUGCACCAUUUUUUCAUCUUGUAGAUUUUUGUUCCAUGGUCAUUUAUAAGAUAUUUAUCCUGGCAUAUUUUCUCCAUAGAUCUGACCACACCGCCCCCCAUUUUUAAAUCCAGAUUUUAUAUCAUUUUAUCAUUCAGUGUAUUAUUUGUACAUAAUUUUACUGUAGUAAUAAACAAAAGUAGACAAGUUUUUAUCUUUUAUUUAGUUCAUUCUGUCUGCCGUAUUUAUGUUAUGGAAAUAGAGAAUUGGGAAAUUAACGAUUAUUUAAUAAUAUAGUCUAAUGUUUGCAUGUUAAAAAUUCUAAAAACCAUUAACAGUAAAAUCAUCUUGGCUAAUAUUGAAACUAAAUCAUUCCAUCAAUCGUAUAUUUGUUGAAAAUAAAGGUUGUACAUGCCAUUUUAUAUAUGUUUUACUUUGUACAGUGCAUGGAAAUUUUACAAAUUUUGUUUCACAAUUUUUUUCUCAGUUCUCUGCAAACUUUCUUACUUCAUAAUUUUUGUUCAUUUCUCCUCUUUUGGAUAAAUAUUUGGAAAAAAAUAGUGCAUUCAAGAGUAGAAAACGUGCUAUAUCAUAUGAUUUUAUGUAAAACAAGUCUUUAUUAUUAAAUGUGAAUUAAAAAUAUCAAAAAAUGA